AUGAAAAUGACCUUCUACAACGACCACUUGAAUCAGAUGAUCAAAGCCGGUCCGGCGGUGGGCGACAAACUGGUCUAUGUCCUGGAGCAGAUUCUGGACCAGAUCAAGGUGGCAGGUCUUCCUGGGGGAGGUGAUGUCCCUGAGCAGUUGCAGGGCACGGUGGGUGCCAUUCGAGAUGUUUGCGAAGGGCUUCACGUGCUUUGCAACGCUGGCAGUCCCUACAAACCAGACGGUGUUCUGCUGAUCCUGAAUCACAAAGGAAUGCAGGACAUCAUGAUGGCCGGCCUCAAGAUGGCCAUCCAAAGCGGCUGGAGCCAGGCUUGCAACGAUGUUCUGCGGACAACUGCCAGCCUGAAAGCAUGGCAGCUUUCUGUGUCGACCAUCGAGGAGAAGGUGGCUGCGGUGAAGGCCGGCGGCUCCGACUUCGACUUCGCGUGCAUCGGUUACAUCGCGGAGCGCUUGGAGUCGUGCAGACAGAAUCUGCGCGAGGGUACCACUGCUCGGACAGAGGAGCAGUUGCGUGGGAUGACAGAGAAGGCAACCGAAGCCAUCGUGUCCUCUGACAUCGCAAUCGGGCAGAUCAGCUAUGAGGACCAAGACAUCAAAACGGUGCUGAAAGCUUGGAGCCUCCUGCGGCAGGAUGCACCCACAAGAACGGCAGCUGCGAGGCUGCAGAAGUGGCAUGCCGAGGCGGCACAGGUUCUGGCAACGCAGAAGUUUCUCGAGAAGUGCAAAGUGGAGAGCUUCGACGAUGCUGCGCUCUUUGAGUUGAUCAAGUCGUUUCCCUUGUGCAAGUCUGUUUUCGUGGGGCUGCAGGAGGAUGAUGCCUCCAUUGCCGUCUUGCGGAGCUGCCUCUCCCCACUCUUCCAAUGGCUCAGCCUUAAUGUCUUUGGCACUGGCGUGUCCAAGACCACAACCGAGCUGCAGCAGGCGGCUGACUUCAUUGGUGAGGUGGUGAUCUUGUCCCAGCACAGCGCCAAGGACUGGUUGCUCAAGAAUAUGCAAGUGGUGCAGGCGAAUGUGAAGGUUCGCAACAGCCAGGAUGCAUACAGCAAGCUUGGGCAGACCCUAGAGGAGAAGGUGCAUCGCGACCGCCGCCGGAACAUGUUGGUUGAGUACAUGCGAGCGGUCGAGGCCUCCCAAGCGGCCGCGAAGGAUGUGGAGCAGUUCCGAGCUGGUGACAGAUUCCGGGAUGGGGAGGACAUCGAGGACGAGAGGCUGCGGACUCUGAAUUUCCACGAGAAGGCCCCGUUGGAUGUGUCGGAGUUCAUCGAUGCCGUGAAGUUGGUAUGCCACAACUUCAAGGAGGAGAUCAAGAGCAUGGCCAGUGCCUUGAAGGAAAUCACUGGUGAUCUCUGCAAUCCGGACAUGCCUGGGUACUGGCGUGCCGGCCUCAGCAACGAUUGCGAGCUGGACGAGUUGAAAGCAAAGGCGAAGAGUUUGAAGGACUUCAAGGGCGGCCAGUGCAUGGAUGUGCACAGCAAGUACACCAAGGAGCUCAAGGACAUCUCAGAGUUCCAGACGACGUUUGGGCCAGUUGCGGCAUCUUUCGAGAUCAUGAAGGAGCUUGGCUCGGACAAGGAGUGCUUUGAGAAAGUGUUGCAGCAAGCAAGGGUUGCUGUUUGUGAGGGGAUCAUUCUGCUUGCAGUGCAAAGCACGCGUGCAGUCGCGAACAAGUUGUUGCUGGAUGAAGCUGCCGCAAUUGCUGGCGGCUCCGUUCCAGAGUCCAUGAUCCAUCCGAAGUUGAUCGAAGCGAAGAACAACUUGCUGUCGUGA